AUGAAGAACUUCAGUAUAGCCAUAAUUGUUUCAUUCCUAUUUCUAGCUAACUUUGGUGCAGCUCAAACUGUAUUUCCAAUAUCGAAAUUCGGCGGAACACCAAAUUCAGAUAUUACCCAGGCUUUCAUAAAAGCUUGGACUGAAGCAUGUGCAUCUCCAACUCCAACCAAAAUUGUGAUUCCAGCGGGCACAUACAAGUUGACUGGAAUAGAUGUUAAAGGUCCUUGUAAAGCUCCAAUUGAAGUUCAAGUUGAUGGCACAAUUCAAGCACCUUCAGAUAUAAAUCUAGUCCAAAAAGGGUCUGAUCAAUGGGUUCGGUUUCAAUAUUUAAACUCUUUAACAUUAUCAGGGAAAGGAGUUUUUGAUGGUCAAGGUGCAGCUGUUUGGAAACAAGGUGGAGCUGCUUGGAGAAAAGGUCCAAGUACUUCCAAUAGAGUCUGCAUGAAUUUUGGUUUUAAUUUUGUCAACAACUCCAUCGUCCGUGACAUUACUUCUAAGGACAGCAAAAAUUUCCAUGUUAAUGUUUUAGGGUGCAACAAUUUCACAUUUGAUGGUGUCACAAUUACUGCCCCUGCUAUGAGUCCUAACACCGAUGGAAUCCACAUGGGAAAAUCAACCGAUGUUAAAAUUAUUAAUUCCAACAUUGGUACAGGAGAUGAUUGUAUCUCCUUGGGUGAUGGUAGCAAACAAGUAACCGUCCAAAAUGUCAAUUGUGGACCUGGUCACGGUAUUAGUGUUGGAAGUCUUGGAAAGUAUACAACAGAAGAUAAUGUAGAAGGUCUUUUAGUUAAGAAUUGUACUAUGAAAGAAACUGAUAAUGGUGUGAGGAUCAAGACUUGGCCAUCUGCACCAGGAACAAUUACUAUUACUGAUAUGCAUUUUGAAGAUAUUACAAUGAUUAAUGUCUUGAACCCAAUCAUCAUUGAUCAAGAGUAUUGUCCAUGGAACCAGUGCUCAAAACAGAAUCCAUCAAAAAUAAAGAUAAGCAAGGUUUCGUUCAAGAAUAUUCACGGAACUUCAAAAUCAACAGAAGGAGUGAUUCUUGUUUGCAGCAGUGGUGUACCUUGCGAUGGUGUGGAGCUAAAUAAUAUUGAUCUCACAUUCAAUGGAGCACCAGCAAAAGCUAAAUGUUCUAAUGUCAAACCUAUAGUCAUUGGAAAGGCUCCUGCUUGUCCAGCUUAA